AAACCUUCGGUGCAUCAACAGUGCGAACAUACCCAAUUGAUCCAUUUUUUUACCUUCAGUUUUCCACUUGUGAUGAAAUUUCGACCUGAAUUUUUUUCUGUUGAAAGAGAUUGUGGCUAAAAGUGAGUGAUUUUUCAGUGAUGCAAAUGUCGGACCAGGAUUUCGCCGGGGAAACUAAUGAAAAUUUAAAUUUUGAUACAAGUGCAUCUGCCCACGAACACGAAGACAAAAAGGCUAUUUACUACGAAUCCUCCAAGACUGACAGCGGGUUCAUAUCGGGAGAAAUAUCCGAAGAAAUCUUAGAUUCGGGUUUAAUCGAAGACGUAGACAAACCCCUCAAUACCACAGCUUCUUUUACCGAGGAAGAGGAAAAGAAAGUUGAACCCAUGCUUCUGGACAGUGGCGUGUGUCUUACGGAGAGCUUUUCCAAGAUAAGCAUAAAGGAAAUCGAAUCUGGAGUAAACGAUCUAAACAAUCCCAAAAAACCAACGGCAUUAGUGGCACCUGUUGAUUCCUUUACCAAGAAGCAGGUCAAACCCGUCGAGGCUAUACCAUGGAAAAUCUACUACGAGCAAGAUGAAGAAGGAGAUACACAUCUUCACAUGGCGAUCGCCCAAGGUUUCCUCGAAGUGGCCGUAGCACUGAUCCGUGCAGUACCCCACCCGAAACUCCUAGAUACCGCCAACGACGACAACCAAACUCCACUACACCUCGCCGUCGAGACAGGACAAUGGAGAAUCGUCAGAUGGCUCAUCGUGGCAGGUGCGAAACCUUCUCCGAGGGGGCCGCAAGGUGAUUCACCCCUUCAUGUAGCAGCACGGAAGAAUGACAGCAGGAGCGUAAGGGCUAUUAUCGAGCCCGUACAAGUACAGGAGAGGGACCAGCUAGCUCUCAGCUAUCAAGAACAUUUGUACGAGACUUGUGAUUUUGAUCAAUGGAAUUUCUUAGGUCAAACCUGCGUCCACGUAGCAGCUAUGCACGGACAUCUGGAAGUGCUGAGACACCUGAUCUGGUACGGCGCCAACAUCAAUGCUAGAGAAGGCUGUAUGGGAUUCACACCUCUUCACUGUGCCGUUCAGACCGGCAACGAAGAAAUAGUUCAAUUUCUGUUAAGUUGUAAGAACAUCGAUGUAGAAACGAUGAGCUAUAGCGGAAAAGAUGCUUUAGAAAUCAACCAUCGCUUUGUGUCAGAAAAAAUUAGGCAAGCUUUGAUAAAUAAGGGACUACCUUCGCCCUAUUCGAGUGAGGACGAAUACGAUUCCGAUGCCAGCGAAGAUGAGAUGGUGUAUGAAAACAGUCACGUCUUCAGCGCGCAAAUGGUCAACGCCAGCGCCUAGAUCAAAAGACCCAGGGAUUAAAUGAGGCAGGAAAGAAAAAGUCUGCAAGAUUCGGGUCGCCUUGAGAGGCAUAUAAGAAAAGAGGAGAGGUAGAAUUGCCAAAAAAGAAAAAUACUGUGAUGAAAUUUGUACACAUCUUUACAUCUUCAUGGCAUUAUUUAGCAUACUGGGUGUUACACCGUCAUUUGAAAUGAUUUUACAGCUCUUGAGUUAGCGGGAUAUUGUUUAUUUUUUGUUUUUAUAUUUGCAGAUUAUUUUGCCUUAUUUUUAUACCUUUUUAUUGCAUAAUUAACGUAGUUAUACUAUAGCGUAUUUUUUGCACGUGCAGAUUAUAAAUUUUUAGCUAUAUUUGUAUUGCAAAAUUUAAUUAAAUAUAAAUCAUCUGGUGCAAACAAUAGGCUUUACAUAUUUGGGCGGUUAGUAACUUAAAACAUAGGGAAAUAAGCAAUGUUGUCUGUAACAAUCGCCUAAAAUCGCUGAAAAGAUUAUCUACCACCAGACAGAUACAUUAAGGAUGAUUAAUAGUUCUAGUUCAUGCCACCAGACGCUGUAGUUUAUCCAGGUGGUCGUACGAUUUACAUCUGGAUAUAUGGUGUACAUAGAAUGUGUGUGAAAAUUCAAAAGUUGUCUCGAAAUCUCAGAAUUUGCUAUUCGGGUACACCUAGUAUAUUUCUAAUUUACCUUAGUCUUUAAUACCACUUGUAAACUAGUAAUUAACGGUUUUCAAAGAAACGGCAAUUCCCUUUCACCUUUUAAACCGUUUUACCAACUUCAAUAAACCUAGCCAUGGAUUCCUGCUAUGGUUUUACAUUGCUUAGUCAUAUCGUUGCCGCCACUAUUUAUAAUGUUUCAAACCGCUGAUUUGCUGAUACUCAAUAGUCUUAAAAUUCAGCAGUUUCCUACACCAAGUUCAUAAUUUAUUACUAAACGUCUCUUUGCUACAAAUCUUAAACAACCACCAACUAUAACAUAAAAAGAAAUAAUUCCACAUACUUUUUAUGAAUACUACAGUGUGAUUUUCAAGUAAUAUUUCCUCUUUUAAUUUCUGAACCAUAAAAUUUUAAUUACAAGUUUAUUGGUAACCAACCCAAGACAUCUGUUUGUUGUUUUUAUGACAUUUCAGUGACAGAAUGAUUAAAAUGGUGGACGGGUGCCAUUUUGUAAAAUAAAUUUACAUGGAAUCAUAUGUCAGGUUUCAUAAUUUGAAAAAUCUUAGAACAAUCAAUAUAUUACUAGAUCUUUGUGUGAUUCUGUCAUGCACUUUGAAAAUGGCAACCGUUCAUUAGCAAAUAAAGCAAUAAAUUAAGCUUUUAUGGAAAACCUUCGAAGAUAUUGUUUUUUUUUUUCUUUUCCUGUCAUUAAAUAACAUAUUCCAUGUGGAAUAUCAUUUGAAAACUCUUGUAAUAGUUUUUUACAAACAAGAAAGAAAAGGGUAUUAUUUCAAUGAUAAUUUUCCCAAUUCAAAUGAAUUGUUAAAACAGUGUACAAAACACAAUAACUUUCAAAUGAUGUAUUACUCUCUAUAUAAUCCUAUUUAAUAUAACAAAAUAGUUUCAUCACUGAAGCGUCAUAAACACAAUUAACAGGUGUCUAUUCAGCAAAUAUUGGGGCUUUGAGACCUAAGUUCACAUAGCAUAUUAUCGAAACAGAAGUUACCAACCAACUAAAUUUCUAAAAAAAGCUUAAUCUGUUAGUAGCGCAUGGAAAUGCCAUAAGUACAUAGUGUUCAAUUUUAUCACUUUCAACUUAAUUUAAUUUAAGUUACUUUUAGUUUUAAAAGUUUUAAUAUUAAAUGAGAGUUGUAAACCUGGCAAUAUCUCGAGAGAAAUACGAGAUACAAGACUGUAAAAUCACUAAAAUAUUGGGAAAUGCCCGAUAAAACAUUAAAACACAUACACUAAGGCAGAUAAUUUUUUUAAAGAUUUCGCUACUGAGGAUGAAAACAAUAAUUGUAGACUGUACAUAUAUUUCCCUAUUUAAACGUUAAGAUGUUUUCAUCAUUUGUAGAUGAAAUAGUACUAUAUUUCGUGAAUUUUCACACGAGUAUUAUUGUUAGUAGAAAAUGUUUUGAACUGAAAAAAUGUCAAUAAUAAUGUUAGCUCUAAUAUACGUCUAAAAUCAGUAUAAUAUGUUUAGUUAUUAUCUAUUAUAGUUGUGUAUGACAUUUCGGACAAUUGUAAUUGUUUCUAAAAUACGCUGCGUAAUGUAGCAGGGUUUUCAUCAGUUCAAAUAGGUAGGCGAGUAAGACUAAUCGUAGAAUGGACACGUUCUGUCUUCAAUUUAGUUAUUGUACAUUUUUUCACCAGCUACAGUUUUUUGUUAUAAUUUAUUUCGAUUCAUUGUUUAGUUUACGGACUUUUGUAUAUAGUACCUAUGUUUUUAGUUAAGUCAACCUUAAAAUAUAUAAUUUAUU